AUGUUGGAUUCCUUAGAUGUGGUGAACAAAGAGGAUAUAAUAGAGUGGAUUUACUCCCUGCAGGUCCUUCCCACAGAAGACAGUGAGGUAUAUAAAGCUGAAUAGAGCACAGUACCCGAUUUAAAGAAUAGAAGAGUGGCUGGAGCUCCGCGUUGGUCAGGCCUGAGUGGGCCCAAGGCGGACGUGAGCAGGGUCGGACCAAGAUGGCGGUGCAGGCGGUUCAUCUUGAGUCGGAUGCUUUCCUAGUUUGUCUCAACCAUGCUCUGAGCACAGAGAAGGAGGAGGUGAUGGGACUGUGUAUAGGGGAGUUGAAUGAUGACACAAGGAAUGACUCUAAAUUUACAUGUGCUGGAACUAAAAUGCGCACAGUUGCUGAAAAGGUUGACACCGUCAGAAUUGUUCACAUUCAUUCUGUCAUCAUCUUGCAACGUUCUGAUAAGCGGAAGGAUCGCGUUGAAAUUUCUCCAGAGCAGCUGUCUGCAGCCUCAACAGAGGCGGAGAGGUUGGCUGAACUAACAGGUUGCCCCAUGAGAGUUGUGGGCUGGUAUCAUUCCCAUCCUCAUAUAACUGUUUGGCCUUCACAUGUUGAUGUUCGCACACAAGCCAUGUACCAGAUGAUGGAUCAAGGCUUUGUAGGACUUAUUUUUUCCUGUUUCAUAGAAGAUAAAAACACAAAGACUGGUGGGGUACUCUACACUUGCUUUCAGUCCAUUCAGCCUCAAAAGAACUCAGAGUAUGAGAGAAUUGAAAUCCCAGUCCAUAUUGUACCUCAUGUAACCAUUGGGAAAGUGUGCCUUGAAUCAACAGUGGAACUACCCAAGAUCCUGUGCCAAGAGGAACAGGAUGCAUAUAGAAGGACUCACAGUCACACACAUCUGGACUCAAUAACCAAGAUCCAUAAUGGCUCAGUGUUUACCAAGAAUCUGUGCAGUCAGAUGUCAGCAGUCAGCGGGCCUCUCCUACAGUGGUUGGAGGACAGACUGGAGCAAAACCAACAGCAUUUGCAGGAGCUGCAACAAGAAAAGGAAAAGCUUAUGCAAGAACUUUAUUCUCUAGAAUAA